AUGGAAACCAAAACUCAUACAUCUUUUCUUGCAUACUUAGAUCGCAUUUUUGAUAUUAAUAUUAACAAGCAUAUAAUAUUACAAGAUCAUUCUUACUUUCGCAAUUUUGGAACAUACCAUUAUCCAAGCUUAUAUUCAUUUCCUACCCAAUAUCUAUUUAAAAAUAGUCAGCAAAAAAUUUCAGAUCUCUCAUACAAUGAUGAGGAUAUAAUUGAUGUAGUAGGUGUUAAUGAACAUAAAAUAACAGGAUCUAAUAAAUCUCUUGUCCAAUUAAAAUUGGAAGAAGCCAAAACUAAUGGAUUAAUUAUUAGUAGGGAUGACCAAUAUGAGGAUGAAUGGGAAUUUAAUUUAAUAAAAUUUACUUGGAGUCCAGCAGAAGUUAAUAUAUUUGAUUGCACCUUAUCAAUCCUCUUGGAUUAUAAACUUAGUGUAUUAUCCAUAAAUAAUACUAUAACACAAAUAUCCAAAAUAACUAUAUACUUAGAAAAAUAUAGUCAAGCCUUAAGAGAAAUAUUCAUUGAUAAUAAUUGGAAUCUGGAUCUAAUCAAAUGGUUGCACUCUAUCUUGGUGUCGUUUUUGCCAUUUUCAUUGUUGGUGUUAUAUGUUGAAAUUAUUCAUCACUUGAUAUGCAAGAUUCCAUGGUUAAUUACGAAUAUCAUAAAUGAUGAUAAAAAUAUUGUCCAUAAUACUAACCUCAAAGAAUUGAAUACCUUUAUCAACGAUAUACUCUGGAAUGAAAUAGAUUCCAAUUUCAAUGGAAGUUUCGAUUUGUUCUUUAAGUCCAAUCACCUUAAUCCCCUCAAAAAUGUUAACACCCAACAAGAAAAAAACAUAAGUAUUUCCGAUCAACUCUCCGAUAACAAUCAAAAUAUGCAUCGUCAAUACUUUGAGGAUAAUAAAAUUUUGAAUCGCAAGAAGGUGAUAACACUCAUGGUGCCCCCUUUGAUAUACCCAUUUUUUUCUGUCAACAACGGAAAGGAAUACUCAAAAUCUACUCCCCCCGAAAAAAAUAAUGUCGGCAAUGAUUGCCGCGAAAAUUUUGACCCCUGGUAUUACGCCAACUGCGAAAACAUGGAAAGGAUCAACUUUUGGAUACGCCACUUAAUCCCCUCGCAGUGGACCUGCGAAAUGCUCAAGCAUGAAAAAGAUGUCAUGGGGGGAAAGUUAUCCGUUAGCAACGAGAAAAAUAUUGAUAAUUCGAACACCAAAGGUCAAAGCGCCUUGAGUUAUGCCCUUCUGACUCUGAGAUCCCUGAAGCACCGAAUAAGGGAAAUAAAGAAAAGCGAACCCGAUGCUUACCUCAUAAUUUGGGGCUGGAAUAUUGGGUCUCUAUUGUCGUGCUAUGCAUGUAUCGAUAUCAAGGUUGACGCCGUCGUUUGUUUCGGGUUUCCUUUUGUAGAUUUCAAGGAAAAAAUGACGUCAAACAAUCCCGAACAGACCAAUUUUUGGAAUCUCGAUAAAAUUUCGUCUCCCGUCAUAUACGUUGUUGGUCAAUCGUGCACGCCAUCGAUAAGCAAUGUAAAACUUAUAGAACUGCUGAGAUCAAAACUGAAAGUUUUCAAUUCGCUCAUCGUAGUAGAUAGAACAAAUGAAAAUAUUAUUUUAAACGACCACAAAAUCGAAAUCUUAGACUUUAACAACACGGCACGACCUACGGUUGAGUUGAAUCAAAAUCUAGCCGAUUAUUUUAUAGCGUCAGCCAUCAUUAAAAACGUAUAUCACCUUCUCACCGAAACAAAAAACGUGUCCAACGAAAUUCGGCAUAAAAAAUUAGCCAUAAAAAUGCCCUCUAAAAUUACCUCCACCGCCAAAACAUUCAAUAACAAUAAUUAUAGUAGGGGUAAUAGAAAUAAAAUUAAAACAGUCUCAGUUUCUAAUAAUGUUAAACCAAACGUCAUGAUAAAAAUGAAGAAUGGUGAUGAUGUCAAAGCGAUGAACCUUAACAGGAAAGCAAGUGCCGGUAGUAAUAUAAACCUAAAUAAGCCGGUUAAAAUUUACGAUGGGUCAUCUAACAAUAAUCAUAUAUUACUGAAGCGAUUAUUUACAAAAUAAAAAAAUUAUUAUUAUUAAAUAACGAUAUUAAUAUUUAUUUU